AUGGCUGCCUUACCUCCUCCGCCAGCACCUUCAGCUGAAGACUUGAAGGCCAUUAGAGCAGUGAGGAAUGAAGAACUUGGCUGGCUUCCCCCAGAUCCCACCAAGAAAAAGAAUAUAUAUUUUGAGAAGAUGAUGGAAAACCCUUUAGUACCCAUAGGAUGUGCUGCUACUGUUGGUGCACUGUUGUUUGGACUACUCAACUUCAAGCGAGGGAACUUGGCAAAGUCCCAGCUAGCCAUGAGAAUGAGAGUACUGGCGCAGACGGGAACCGUCGUGGCUCUGGCUGGAGGGGCCAUGUGGCAGAAUGCAAAGAAGAAGGAUCCGUCCAAAAGCAGAACUUAAACUUUUGCUAGUUAACAUUAAAUUUUGUUACAAAUCACGUCAAGUAUUCUGUUUGUUCACUGUUAUCAUUUGCACUUCAAUUAUAAUUAUUAAAAAUAUUCCAAGAACAAUAA